AUGUCUGACAUUACCCCCUUCCUCACUGUCCUGGAGACCGCCCAGAAGAAAGAAAAGUUCACUCCCGAGGUCCAAGACGCCGCCACCGGCAUCGACAUCGCAGCUCUGAAGGAGAUCAUCGAGAAGGUCGCUGAGCAGGGCGAGUUCGAGAAGCUUGAUGAUGCCGCCGAGGCCGAGACCCUGCGCAAGGCCUUCGAGUUCGCUGCCAAGGCUGUUAUGAUGCUGAAGACUGCCCCCGGUCUUUUGGAGAAGAAGGACCUCUACAUCUACUUCAAGGUUGGCAAGGGCGAGGUUAUGGAGAAGCCCGGCAUGUUUGAUAUCCAGAAGAAGCAGCUCUAUGGUGCUUGGGAGAAGGUCAAGGACUACAGCCCCUCCAAGGCUCACCAGCUUUACAUCGGCUACGUCAGCACCUUCAUUGCCAAGUACGGUACCCGCGACGAAUAG